ACUAUUAAUACAAGAUUUAUGCUGUAUGACAUAAGCUCUGUGCAGUUAUUUGGCUGCAUAUGAAUUCAAAUAACUUUCUUAAAAUAUGGGUGCCCAUGUAGUUUCUCCAUAAUGACCUAACAUACUGACCUGCCUUUUAGAUCAUUCCAGUUGUAAGCUCCUAAAGUAUGUUUGAACACUGAUUUUCCAGAUGCAACAUCAUCUGAGAAGCUCACAUUAGUAGAGCAGGUUCUAUAAUGCUUGAUUCUCACUUGCAAGGGAACAGAUAAGCAUGUUCCUCUGUAUUCUUCUCUAGUAGGUCUAACUAUGAAGAACAAACAUGCUUCAUUUGGUUGCUGCCUUUGCUGAACCUCCCUUCAAAAUAUUGAGAUAUAAUCUUAUUGUGUUUUUCUAUAUCAGAUUCAGAUAUAGAAGAAUAUGGCUUUGGUCUUCACAUUGACAUUAGUGAUAUGGAAUGACUAAAUCAAUUUUUCAAAAUUUAAGUGUAAUGAAGUUGCUAUAUAUUUACUACCUUGAACUUUCUUCUUUCCUUUCUUGUGUGUAAGUCCUGUACAGAUCUUUUAUCCCACCAGAAGCAACUUACAGUUGGCCUCCCACCUGAGCCUCGUGAAAAAACAAUUACAGCGCCUUUGCCUCCUGACAAGCUGAUCAAACUAAUAUAUGAAGCCAGUGGCCAGGAUAUCAGCAUUGCAGUCCUUACACAGGAAAUUAUAGUAUACCUGGCCAUGCAUGUCCGGUCACAACCUAGUCUCUUUGCAGAAAUGCUCAGACUCCGCAUUGGGCUUAUUAUUCAAGUGAUGGCAACAGAACUUGCUCGCAGCUUGAAUUGUUCGGGUGAAGAAGCCUCUGAAAGCUUAAUGAAUCUGAGCCCCUUUGAUAUGAAAAAUCUCCUUCAUCAUAUUCUCAGUGGAAAAGAAUUUGGAGUCGAAAGGAGCAUGCGUCCUCUUGAUUCUUCUACAUCCAGCCCUGCUAUAUCUAUCCAUGAAGUCGAUCACACUGGAGCAACAAAGACAGAAAGAAGUGGCAUUACAAGACUGAAGAGUGAAAUGAAACAGUUCUUCUAUGGGGGCCAUUCCACAUCCAGCAGCAUGCACUCAUCCAGGUCCAUGAGAUGCAGUAGCCCAUCUUCUCCUACUAGUACAUCAUCCCUAACAGGGUCAGUUGGACACUCUAUUAGCUGGGGUGAUCGGCAAGGGCAGUGGCUUCGCAGGAGACGGCUUGAUGGUGCCAUUAAUAGAGUCCCUGUGGGUUUCUAUCAGAAAGUGUGGAAGAUCCUUCAGAAGUGUCAUGGACUAUCUAUUGAUGGGUAUGUCCUUCCAUCUUCAACCACAAGGGAGAUGACUGCUUGUGAAAUUAAGUUUGCUGUCCAUGUGGAAUCAGUGCUGAACCAUGUACCCCAGCCUGAAUACAGACAGUUAUUAGUGGAGGCCAUCCUUGUGCUGACCUUAUUGUCAGAAAUAGAUGUGAACAGCAUUGGAGGUAUAAUUCAUGUGGAUCGAAUUGUGCACAUAGCAAAUGACCUCUUCCUUCAGGAACAGAAAUCCCUUGGAGCAGUUGAUGGUUUCUUGGAACAAGAUGUAGGCACAGGUAUCUACUACUUUUUCUAUGACAGUGCUCCAAGUGGUGCUUAUGGAACCAUGACUUAUCUAACAAAAGCAGUUGCUAGUUAUCUCCAUGAAUUUCUUCCAAGCACAGGCUGCCUGAUGCAGUAAACUGUCCAAAAUACAAGCAUCCAUUCUUAAAGGAUUUUUCCUAUAAUCAUAAUUUUUUGAGGCCUCAGUGGCUAGGACCUCUGGAAGUUAAGUCCCACUACAUCUGGAGACUGCUGGGAAAGACUGCCCUAUAGCUGCUCAAGCUACCUCAACAUUAACUGCAUAAUUUUACCAUUAACAUAAGGCCAGGGAGCAAGGUCAAGGCAUAAUUCUGUACAGAUCUCCUGCCGAGCAUUGUCUGAAUCAUCUUGGACUCAGGUACCUGCAAUUAAUAAUUGUCUUAUUGGUGCAAGUGGGAGAGGGGGGAAGCUAAGUUUAAUUUCAAGGGAGGAAAGUAGCUUUUAGCCUGCACAUGUGCACAGACAGACAUAUACAAACCUACUUCGGGUUUUGAAUUUUGUUUUGUUGGUUAAAUUUAAGCAUAACAAUGUUAGAUUAUUAUUGUGAUCAGCACUUCAUUUGUCAUAAUAAAAUGAGUCCUAUUCUGCAUUUAUGAAGAGGAGGAUCACUAUUAAAUCUAGCAUGAAUCUAAGCUGAAAUUAAUGAGAAAUAUUUCAUGGAGAGGAGUAGUAUAAAGACAGAAAUGGGUAUUUAGCAGUUUGAGAGUGCUAAAGCAGUGAAGUCUAAAAAAUAAUGCCGUGAAAAAGGAAACAUUUCUAGCCAGCAAACCAAUGGGUAGAAUAUCUGCCCCUAUCUGAUCACUGUGUGAACAGCUAAUCCAUGCUUUAAGGUGUAUUGGUUACUAAAGUUUACUGGCAGGCCAUGAGUUCUAGCCCUGGCUUAGGCACAAACCUAACUGGGUAACCUUUGGCUGUUCACUCAUUCUCAGCCCUAGAAAGGAGGCCACGGCAAACUACUUCUGAAAAUCUUGAAGAGAGAGAAGGAGAAGCUUUCUGGGAAUGCUUGGCUAAUUCUACUGAUUGUUUGUUCACAUAUUGUAAUCUCGUACGACAACUGGGGAUUGAAAUGCUAUGUUUUCAAUUUUCUGUAUGGAGGGAGAUCUUAAAGAUGGUUUAAGUUGUUCUUCAGUUAGUUUCCAUGUAUCUGUAGGAAGAUUUCAGAAUAAACAUCACAAAAGUCCUUGCCACUGGGCAGAUAGUAUAUGAUGUAAAAGUCACAGCAGGAAAUUGUUACUAGAGUGGACAGGUCUUUUAUACAGAAAAUAAAGUCCAGCAACUAAAUUACUGCUAUAUAUAAUGUUUAUUUAACUAUUAAGUGUUGCCAAAUAUGUUUGCCUGUUCAUGCUAUCCAAAACAAUAUUUGGAUCAGUCAUUUUUUUCAGGAUCAUUGUACAUUUCCCACCAUUGUGGGGCUUUUAAAAUUCUGUAUAUAAUAAUAGCAAAGAAAAAUAUCAAAUGAACUAAGUUACAGCUGUUGAACAUACCAAUUCAUUGUUAGUAAUAAGAAAUUACUUGUAAGACUACCACUAUUAGCUAAAAUAUUAGGAACACGUUAAAAUAACUGCACUGUUAGUUGUGUAUUUUUAAAUAGUGGCUCAUGUAAUAAAGUUAUACUUUAAAGCAAGCUGGCAUAAGCAACAUUUAGAGUGCUAUUCAUAAUUCAGAAUGAAAUGUUUUGCUUUUUUAUUUAUGUUGAAAUUGUAAACAAACUGAAGCCAACUGAAUGGAACCCACUGGCAUUGUUUUGAAGUUCAGUUGUUCAAUCAGAAUACAGCUGGAAGGGACCUUGGAGGUCUUCUAGUCCAACCCCGUUAUACUAUUUCAGAUAAAUGGUUGGCCAGUCUUUUCUUAAAGACAUCCAGGGAUGAAACACCUACAAAUUCUGAAGGCAAAUUGUUCCACUGGUUAAUUGUCCUCAUUGUUAGGAAGUUUCUCCUUAUUCCAGGUUGCU